AUGAAUUACGUGGGGCAGCUGGCCGGCCAGGUGUUCGUCACGGUCAAGGAGCUCUACAAGGGGCUGAACCCAGCCACGCUGUCGGGCUGCAUCGACAUCAUUGUUAUCCGCCAGCCCAAUGGCAGCCUCCAGUGCUCGCCCUUCCACGUCCGCUUUGGGAAGAUGGGGGUCCUGCGCUCUCGCGAGAAAGUGGUUGACAUAGAAAUCAAUGGGGAGUCUGUGGACUUGCACAUGAAAUUGGGAGAUAAUGGAGAAGCGUUUUUUGUUCAAGAGGCCGAUAAUGAUCAGGAGGUGAUCCCCAUGCACUUGGCCACCUCUCCCAUCCUGUCGGAAGGAGCCUCAAGAAUGGAAUGUCAGCUCAAGAGGAGCCCCCCGGACAGAAUGAGAGGCCUGGACUCGAAUGUGCCAGCCCCGGCCUUAGUUCCCAGUGAUACCCCCUCGAGUGGCUCGUUAGGAAAGAAGAGGAGAAAGCGGAGGCGCAAGUCCCAGCUGGACAGCCUGAAACGGGAGGACGCCGCCAACACAUCGGAGGACGAGGACAUGUUUCCCAUAGAGAUGAGCUCUGACGAGGAUGAGGAGCUGCUGGACGGCAGCCGGUCACUUCCUCAUGACAUGCCUCCAUUCCAAGAUGAUAUUCCAGAGACAAAGCGCACCUCGGCCUCUCCUUACCCACAGUCCGCGUCGUACCCUAAUUCAGACAGAGUGUGGUCACCCCACCCCAGGUCUGUGGAUAAACUCUUAGAGGGAAAAGCAGCAGUUAAGGAAGAAGAUAGUAUGGAGUAUUUAGAAACCACUAACAGUAGCCCGGUGGCUUGCAGGACGCCCCCUCACCUGGCAGUGGCGGCCGAGGGAGGCCUGUCUACAUCCUGCCCUGCACAGUCUUCCCACGGCCAUGCUCCUGAAAGCCCAUCAAGUUCCCGGCCUUCAACACCCAAAAGCGACUCAGAGCUGGUCAGCAAGUCUGUGGACAGGACGCUGCAGAAGAGCAACCUGGAGAUGCUUUGGCUCUGGGGAGAGCUGCCCCAGGCCGCAAAGUCAUCCUCUCCACACAAAAUGAAAGAAUCCAGCCCUCUGAUUAGCCGGAAGCUUUGUGACAAAAUCCACUUCCAGGCCAUCCACAGCGAGUCCUCGGAUGGCUUCAGUGACCAGUCGCCGACGCUGGGCCGCGGGCCGCUGGCCGAGCCGCGCAGGCCCCGGGCCGAAGUGCACUUUGUGAGCGAGGAAGACUUGGAGGCCCUGGGCGCGGCGGCCUCACCCCUGCCCUUGUCUGGGCCCCGGGAGCUCAAGCCGCCCGCUGCCGGGGGCGUGCCCAGGGCGGACAAGCCCGAGUCUCCCUCCAGGAGGAAAGACAAGCGCAGUAGACAUCUGGGGGCCGACGGCGUCUACUUGGAUGAGCUCACAGACAUGGAUCCAGAAGUGGCGGCCCUGUAUUUCCCCAAAAACGGAGACCCCUCGGGGCUGGGCAAACCCGCUGACAGCGGCACCCGAUCCGCCAGCCAGUCCCCGCAGUCCGUGGGCAGCUCGGGCGUGGACAGCGGCGUGGAGAGCACCUCGGACAGCCUGCGGGACCUGCCGUCCAUCGCCAUCUCCCUCUGCGGGGGCCUCAGCGACCACCGAGAGAUCACCAAAGAUGCGUUUUUGGAACAAGCCGUGUCCUAUCAGCAGUUUGUGGACAACCCCGCCAUCAUCGACGACCCCAAUCUCGUGGUCAAGAUCGGCAAUAAGUACUAUAACUGGACGACAGCAGCGCCCCUGCUGCUGGCGAUGCAGGCCUUCCAGAAACCUUUACCAAAGGCCACAGUGGAGUCCAUCAUGCGAGAUAAGAUGCCUAAAAAGGGAGGAAGGUGGUGGUUCUCCUGGAGGGGAAGAAAUACCACGAUUAAGGAGGAGAGUAAGCCGGAGCAGUGCUUGGUGGGGAAGGGCCACAGUACAGGAGAGCAGGCAUCGCCGCUCGGCAUGGCCCCCAGAAUAAAGCACGAGUCAUCCUCCAGCGAUGAAGAGCAUGCAGCCGCCAAGCUGUCCAACAUGAGCCACCUCCCGCUGUUGUCCAACGUCAGUUACAAGAAGACGCUGAGGCUUACAUCAGAGCAGUUGAAAAGCCUCAAGCUGAAGAAUGGCCCCAACGACGUGGUUUUCAGUGUCACCACGCAGUACCAAGGCACCUGCCGCUGUGAGGGCACCAUCUACCUGUGGGACUGGGACGACAAAGUCAUCAUCUCGGACAUCGACGGGACCAUCACAAGAUCGGAUACUCUGGGCCACAUUCUGCCCACACUUGGGAAGGAUUGGACCCAUCAGGGUAUUGCGAAGCUAUACCAUAAAGUAAGCCAGAAUGGAUACAAGUUCCUCUACUGCUCAGCACGUGCCAUCGGGAUGGCAGACAUGACGCGGGGCUACCUGCACUGGGUCAACGAGCGUGGCACUGUGCUGCCACAGGGGCCGCUGCUGCUCAGCCCCAGCAGCCUCUUCUCUGCUCUGCACAGAGAAGUGAUUGAAAAGAAACCAGAAAAGUUUAAAGUCCAGUGUUUGACAGACAUUAAGAACCUGUUUUUCCCAAAUACAGAGCCAUUUUAUGCUGCUUUUGGAAACCGACCUGCGGAUGUGUAUUCGUAUAAACAAGUAGGAGUGUCUCUGAACAGAAUAUUCACUGUCAACCCCAAAGGAGAGCUGGUGCAGGAGCAUGCCAAGACCAACAUCUCGUCGUACGUGCGGCUCUGUGAGGUGGUCGACCACGUCUUCCCUCUGCUGAAAAGAAGCCAUUCUUCAGACUUCCCCUGCUCCGACACCUUCAGCAACUUCACCUUCUGGCGGGAGCCGCCGCCGCCCUUUGAGAACCAGGACGUCCACUCGGCCUCGGCAUGAGGCCGAGCCGCGGCUUGUGCCCCUGCUCCGCCUCGCCUCCGCCUGGCUGUCGCCAUUAAAGGCUAGCUUAGGGCACGUGGCGCCGGGAGCCUGAUUGAUGGACACUUCCGCCCGGCGCCCCGGCACGGCCGCCUGGGACGCCUGCGCGGCUGGGCGCUGCUUCCGGCCGGCUGGGCGCUGCUUCCGGCCUGCCCGGCGCCGCCUCCCAUGGCUGAAGACCGGACCGUGUGAGGAAGGCGGGACGGGGAGGACGGUCCUUGGUAGGAAGGGCGGUGGGGGGAUCCCGGCCGCCUCUGCCGGAGCCAGGCCUCUGGUCCAAGAUGGCCGGUGGCGUUGGCGCAUCCCCCGCCCCCUCAUCCCCGUCGCUCCGUGUUGCGUGACCCGAAGCCGGGAUAUUUAUGCCUUAAUGCAGCUGCGGCAGAUGUUAUUUAGAAUGCGCUGUGUCUAGCUCCAAUGCCUUAAACCGAAAGGACGGUGAAUACCGCUGAGGCCGGUGGGCGUCGCCAGCUCCCGACUCGUUGCUGACCACGUGUCCUCGGCCGCUGGGCUGGGACUUGCCCGGAGUGCUAGCGGCGGGAAGGACUCGGGCUGUGUUCUUGGCUGGUAUUAUUUAUUACUUUUGGGCUACCGAGCCAGGGUUUUGCUCACGGUCUUUCAGUUACAGCUGUCCUCAGGCUAUUCAAAGGCUGUGUCGGACUGUCCCAGGAGGCUUAUUUCUGCGCAUCUCAGGCACUGGAAUUUAUGAGCAAUUGAUUUGUAAAUCAAUCAGCCUCUUCCACUCAAAUUAAGCGCAGGUGAGAAAGUAUUUAAUCUGAGUGGUGUUCUUGAAGCUGAUGGAAGGAGAGCCUCUUACUUGGCUGUUGAAAUUUGUUGUAGCAAAGAACAAUGUGAAAAGCAAGAGAAUUAUUUUGGUAACAGAUUUUGCUUUACUUUUUGAAGUAUUAUUUUUUUAAAGAGUGUUUUAUGCCGAUGGUUGAAAUGCUUUCCUAUCUGCAGUUCCUUGGUGAGACGCACAGGAAGCAGAAUCAGAGCCACUGAAGGAAACCUUACUGUGAAAGUAAACGUGGCCUUGUUGCCUUGCGGCAGCCGGUGGCACUGGCAGUGGCAGGCACCUGGGCCGGGGUGGGCGCUGCCAGUGGCAGGCACCAGUGCCGGGGCGGGCGCUGGCAGUGGCAGGCACCCGUGCCGGGGCGGGCAUUGGCAGUGGCAGGUCCCCGGGCCGGGGCGGGCGCUGGCAGUGGCAGGCACCUGGGCCGGGGUCGUGGAUGUACAUGGAAGCAGAGACUUGCACAGGCAGAUUUCUCACGGACAUAUUAACAAGAACUAGAGAGAGUCCCAUCUUAGCUCGUUUCUAUGGGCCUGCUCCCAGCGGUGCACAGAAGCCACAGUAAUUAUUUUUGAGUACUUCUUAACUGCUGGGAUCCAAAUCUAAGCUCUCAGGCCUGUGAAGGUUCUGCUGGUGCAGGGGAGGGGUGGGUGCCCGCCCGCUCCUCACACGGUUCAUCCCCAGGUAUGCUGAAUCUUGAACUUCUACAUCACUGUACCCAGACAGAGCACGCCUUCCGGAAAGUCACAGUGGCGGAUCUGUGUGUGAAGGUCAGUGGGAGCCCUGCCGCUCUACAGUAUUAACACCUGCCUUGCGCUUCCAGCAGGGCUUGUUUGGGGGCCACACCAACCCAGGGCCAAGCUGGUUUGCCUUUCUGUGCGUGACUGCCACCCAGUGACCACCUCCCCAAAAUUGUGUGCAGGAAUGCUGUGUUUGGACACUCAUGUCAGGGGUACCCUGUGGAAGUGGGUCACUCCAUUGUGACAGGUCAUUAAAUGCUUAUCACGUGUGAUAGAAAAAAAAUCUAUGUAUCUGGUAUAUUGAAAAAAAUAUACUAAGUACAUUGGGGGAAGAAAUGAUGACACGUUUAAAGUAAAUUCCUUUUUUCAAUUUGUAAGGUUCAGUUCACUGCUUUGAAUAGAUUUUAUUUCCAGGGUCUGGGCUGUGUUUGUAUGUGCUGGUGCAAUGAUAAAUCACUGUAGUAAUUUCAUUAUGUUGUGCUGGAUUCAAAGCUAGGAAAUAUUAUAAUAAAUGAAAAUGAUGAAAGACUU